AUGUAUAGGAAAAAUGCCAACUUUGUUGAAUGCGAAGAAGAGGUGCUAGAAUACUGGAGAAACAGCAGAUGCUUUGAGAAGGCCUGUGAGAUGAGCAAGGGGCGGAAGAAGUUUACUUUCUAUGACGGGCCGCCGUUUGCAACAGGGCUGCCACACUACGGCCACAUUCUCAGCGGCACUGUUAAAGACACUGUCACAAGGUUCUUUUAUCAGCAAGGAUACGAUGUCGACAGAAGAUUUGGAUGGGACUGCCACGGGCUUCCUGUUGAGUAUGAGAUUGACAAGAAGCUAGGAAUAAGUAGCAGGGACGAGGUUCUGAAGAUGGGGAUUGGCAAAUACAAUGAGGAAUGCAGAAGUAUUGUUAUGAAGUAUAGUGGGGAGUGGGAAAAGACUGUGGAGAGGCUUGGACGGUGGGUAAGCUUUAAGAAUGGGUACAAGACUAUGGAUAAGGCAUACAUGGAAAGCGUGUGGAAUAUUUUCAAGGAGCUCUUCAAUAGAAAUCUGAUAUACAGAGGGUUUCGGGUGAUGCCAUUUUCCACGGCAUGCUCGACUCCGCUGAGCAAUUUUGAGUCGAACCAGAACUACAAGGAUGUCAGCGACCCGUCUGUGCUUAUUUCCUUUCCCCUUCUUGAGGCUCUUGAGGGGUACAAAGUGUCGCUGGUUGCAUGGACAACCACCCCCUGGACCUUACCGUCCAACUGUGCACUUGUAGUGAAUUCUGAGUUUGAGUAUGGGAUUUUUGAGCACAAGCAGAGGUUUUAUCUGAUGCAUGUUGGCAGGAUUGGAGAGUACUUCAAGGAUGCCAAGGUUCUCCGGAGGAUUUCUGGCCAGAGGCUUGAAGGGCUUGAAUACGAACAGCCAUUUCCGUACUUCGAAGAGUACAGGAAGAAAGGAUUCUUCAGAGUCUACACCUCAGGAUUUGUUACGGAUACGGAUGGCACUGGGGUGGUCCACUCUGCACCUGGGUUUGGGGAAAGCGACUAUAAUGUGUUUGUUGAGAAGGGGCUGAUACGUGAGAAUGACCUUGUUCCCUGUCCUGUCGAUGAGAAUGGGAGGUAUACUAGCGAAGUGAAGGACUAUGCUGGAAGGUAUGUGAAGGACUGCGACAAGGUCAUUCUUUCUGACAUCAAGGACAGAGUUCUCAUGAACCAAAGGAUAGUGCAUAAGUAUCCAUUCUGCUGGAGAUCUGAUACGCCCCUGCUGUAUAAGCUUGUUCCAAACUGGUUUGUGAAGGUCAGGGAUCAUGUGGACUCUCUUCUGAGGAACAAUGAGAAGAUAAACUGGGUUCCCAAGGAUAUAAAAUACAAGAGAUUCCACAACUGGCUAGAAAAUGCAAGGGAUUGGUCUAUCUCAAGAAACAGGUUCUGGGGAACACCGAUUCCUUUAUGGACCACUGAGGACUAUAGUGACAUGAUAUGCGUGGGAUCGAUAGGUGAGCUUGAGAGACUGAGCGGAAGAAAGAUUUCCGACAUUCACAGGGAGUUUAUUGAUGACAUUGUCAUACACAAGGAUGGAAAGGAGUACAGAAGGGUUGAGGAGGUUCUUGACUGCUGGUUUGAAAGCGGGAGUAUGCCGUAUGCACAAGACCACUGGCCGUUCUGUAGGGACGUUAGCACAGACCUCAAGCACCUUUCUGUGGCAGGCGAAGGGGAGAAGCAUGCAAAGCUUGUGAAAGAAAACUUCCCAGCCAAUUUCAUAGGAGAGGGGCUUGAUCAGACAAGAGGAUGGUUCUAUACUCUCCAUGUGAUAUCCUCGCUUCUAUUUGAUCAGCCUGCAUUUCUCAAUGUGGUUGUCAAUGGGAUAGUACUUGCAGAGGAUGGGCGAAAGAUGAGUAAGAGGCUAAAGAACUACCCAGAUCCCUCUCUUAUACUCAACACCUAUGGUGCAGACUCUCUCAGGAUGUAUUUAAUAUCGAGUCCUGUUGUUGAAGCAGAGAAUCUGAGGUUCAAUGAGAGCGGGGUCAAAGAGGUUCUGAAGACACUGAUAAUCCCGUGGUACAAUUCGCUAGGAUUCUACUUAGAGAAUAAGGGUGUUAAACCUGACGACGAAUGUCUACCUAUGGAUGGAUGGAUAAGGGCAUCCUUCAACAACUUCACAACAUCUUUGACAGAAAAGAUGAAAGGAUACGAGCUUUCUUCUGUGCUGACUUUAGCACUAAGGUUCAUUGACGACCUAUCGAAUUGGUAUAUCAGGAUGUAUAGAAAGGAGAUAAGGUCAGGACACCAUGCUGUUCUCGGAGAGAUUCUUCAGAAGUUCUCGAUUGUAAUGGCACCGUUCACCCCUUUCUUCAGUGAGUAUUCCUAUCAAUCCCUUAGUCCCGGAGAGAGUGUCCACUUCCAGGAGUAUCCUGUGUGCAAUAGCGAGACACAUCCAUUUGAGAUGGCAAAGAGCGUGAUAACUGCAGUAAGACGGCUCAGAGAAAUGAACUCAAUAUCUCUAAAGACGCCUCUGAGGAGUGCCACACUAGUGAGUAGUAAUAGUCUUUACGAGGAGAUUAGGGAUUACACAGAUGCAAUCAAAACAGAAUGCAAUGUCCUGGAGCUUCUCCAUAAGGAGGAAGGCAAGUCUAUGUUUGACAUCACCGUGAAGCCAAACUUCCUGAGCCUGAAAAGAGACAAGGCCACUAUGAAGAAAAAGAUGGAGAUAAUCAAAAACCUCUCGAGUGACCAGAUGUACUCACUUCUAGGCUCUUCAUUGAAUGUGGGGGAUCUUGAGAUUCUUCAGGACGAUGUAUUAAUUGUGAAGAAAAUCAAGUGCGAUAAGGGAAUAAGCCAGGAGUUCGGAGACUUUAGCAUAAUCAUUGAUGAUACUCAGGAUGAAAAUAUUGUUGAAAUGAAAGUUGCAAGGGAGUUCCAUAGUUAUGUCCAAAAGCUGAGGAAGUCUGUGGGCCUAAGCAUUAAUGAUGAUGUGGUGGUGGACAUUGAAUGCCCAGAUUUGAAGAGAAUUGUGAAUAAGUAUUUCGACAUUUCCUUUGGAAACCUGGGGACUCUAUGUGGAAAAGGCUCAUAUGAGUUCAAUGGUGGCUCGCAUCCUGUUUCCCUCUACAAGAAGGCCCAGUCCUGA